AAACCAGACGUCGGUCAGAGUCCUGCAGUCAAACAUCUCUGAGGAACAGCAGAGACGCUGGAAGCAGCAGGGAACCAGGUUGCUGGACUUUGACAUCCAGUCCUGUUGGAUGGACGUCGGCUUCCUCUGCUUCAUUUGCAGCACUUGUCUGACUUUGCUAACUUUUCUCGCUGCCUUCGUCUUCCACUUUCUGAGGUGGCAGCUAGCCUACGCAUACUACCUCUUCCUGGCCUUCCUCUAUGAUAGCAGGAAGAGGAAGAAGAGAGCUCCUCACCAAUACGACGCCUUCAUCUCCUACAACGUUCACGACGAGGCCUGGGUUUACAGAGAGAUGCUUCCAGUGCUGGAAGGAGAGCAGGGCUGGAGGCUCUGUCUGCACCACAGAGACUUCCAACCAGGGAAACCCAUCAUGGACAACAUCACAGACGCCAUCUAUGGCAGCAGGAAGACCAUCUGUGUGAUCAGCCAGCGCUACCUGCAGAGCGAGUGGUGCUCCAGAGAGAUCCAGAUGGCCAGCUUCCGCCUGUUUGACGAGCACAAGGACGUUCUGAUCCUGCUGUUUCUGGAGGAGAUCCCGGCCCAGCAGCUGUCUCCGUACUACCGCAUGAGGAAGCUGGUGAAGGGACGCACCUACCUGAGCUGGCCGCAGGCCGGCCAACACAAAGGAGUCUUCUGGCAGAACGUCAGCAGAGCUCUGGAGACCGGGGACGCUCCCACAGAGACCGCAGACCUCCUGACUGGACCGGCAGGAUGCUGAGUAUAUUACCGGACCACAGCAGAGAGUAUCUGCGGAGCUUCACAGGCUGGAUGAUCAGAACCAAACAGGAGCUAAAAGACAUGGAGCAGAACAUGAAUACAUUGUUUCUUGCUACACUGCUUUUGUUCCCACUUUGGGGGCGAGUUCCUGAACCUAAAUUUGGGCUCUGAUCAGGAAGUGAUACUAAAUCAAAGUUCAGAUACUUUUGGGGGAGGAAGUACAACAGCUGGUGUUCAGCAUUGUAAUUAACAGUGCUGGAAAGCAAUUAAGAACAUUUACUCAAGUACUGUUAAGUACAAUAAUGAGUAUUUAAAUUUUAUGCUAUUUUAAACUUCUACUUCUCUAAAAUUCAGAGGGAAAUAUAUUUUACCCCAGUACAUUUAUCUGACCAAUUUAGUUAAAUGACCAUUCUGCACAAUUUUUACUUUAGUGCUGCUGUUAAUAACUUCUAGUUUUACUUGAGUGAAAUGUGGAAUGUAGGACUUUUGCUUGUAGUAUUUUCACAGAGUGGUAUUUCCACUCUAGCCAUGAAUGGAUCCAGGACUUUCUUGCUGUGAGACGACAGUGCUCAGUGCUGAAUAUUUGAAAGUUUAAAUGACUUAACAUGCAGAUUUUUUUUUUUACAGAUUUUGAAUCAAUGUCGAUAAGUUCAAAUGUUUUAAAAUGUUAAUCAUUUCCUUGUGAGCUGGUUUGAAGUGUUUAAGUUUACGGUGUGUGUUGGAGGUGAAUCGCUGCAGUAUGAUGUUGAAGAGUAAGAGACGAUGUACCACAUGUACAUAUAUACAUGUAGAAGAUGAAUUUCUGAUACUUUGAGUAUCAGCAAGUAAACACAGAAAUCACUUUUCAGGAAAAAAAGCAGAAUUUUCUUAAUUGCUCAGUUCUGACAAUUUUCAGUUGAAACGCUUUGAAAUAGAAAUCAAUGAAACAAUGCAAUCAAAUUUAACAAUGUUUUGAAAAGUUGAGAUAA